AUGUGCAAUUUUUACUUGAAUGACAAAGUUAAAAUUCAGGCUGCCUGUGUUAACAAUUCAGUCGAAGAGGCAGAAGAAAUGGGUCUAGAAUACAUGGAUGUGGAGGGUCUGAAGAAGUUAAACAAAAACAAGAAAUUGGUGAAGAAGCUUGCAAAGAAAUAUCAUGCUUUCUUAGCCUCAGAAGCUGUUAUCAAGCAGAUUCCCCAUCUUUUGGGGCCUGGUCUUAACAAGGCAGGGAAGUUCCCUACUCUUGUGAGUCACCAGGAAUCUCUUGAAUCCAAGGUCAACGAGACCAAAGCCACAGUGAGAUUCCAAUUGAAGAAGGUGCUUUGCAUGGGAGUUGCAGUCGGAAAUUUGGAUAUGGAAGAGAAGCAGAUCUUCCAAAAUGUGCAGAUGAGCUUGAACUUUCUAGUUUCGCUGUUGAAGAACUGGCAGAAUUGCCUGCUUUAUUGUGCCCCUCAACUGCUUUUGUAG